GCGAUGUCUGAAUACGAUACGCUCCUCGCUCUGGAAUAUGCUGCAACGAGACUUAGGAUAAACUCAAUUAAGGCAACUAACGCUUCCAAAUCCGGCCAUCCUACAUCAUGCGCUUCUAUAGCCGAGAUAAUGGCCGUGUUGUUCCUAAAAGAAAUGCGUUACAAGCCCAAGGAUCCUCGAAAUCCCUCAAACGACCGUUUCGUUCUAUCAAAGGGUCAUGCUGCUCCGGUGCUUUAUGCUGCUUGGGCGGAGGUUGGACUUAUUACAGAAAGUGAUUUGUUAUCAUUGAGAAAAUUGAGCUCUGAUCUCGAGGGUCAUCCGACACCGCGACUGAGUUUCAUCGACGUUGCGACGGGUUCUCUCGGUCAAGGACUGAGCAAUGCUGCUGGGAUGGCCUACGUGGGAAAAUACGUCGAUCAUGCAAGCUACCGAGUUUAUUGUAUUGUGGGAGAUGGAGAAUCUGCUGAAGGCAGUGUAUGGGAGGCCAUGGCAUUUUCGUCACAUUAUAAGUUGGAUAACCUUGUUAUGAUACUCGAUGUCAAUCGCUUAGGGCAGAGUCAACCAACCUCUCUUCAGCACGAUCUCGAAACUUAUCGGAAGCGAGUGGAGGCAUUUGGUUGGCACGCUCAAGUUGUUGACGGGCACGACAUAAAAGCUCUUCUAGCAGCACUUACCACUGCGCGGUCGAUCAAGGAAAAGCCAUCAGCCUUGAUCUGCAAGACCUUCAAGGGAGCUGGAUUUCCGGGGAUUGAAAAUGAAGAAGAUUGGCAUGGAAAGCCAUUGGGAUCUAAAGACGUUGCAGAUACCAGAGGGAAGCUGAUGCCGGCAGCUCCACAAGAUGACUGCAAACCAACAAAGCUAAUCGGUUGCGUUGCGCUUCCGUCUCCCCCUCCGUACAAGCUUGGAGAACAGGUUGCUACCCGUUUGGCGUACGGCAAUGCCUUGGCGCGACUUGGUGAGGCCUGUGAUCGCGUCAUUGGAUUGGACGGCGAUACCAAAAACUCCACCUUCAGUAUCAAACUGAUGCAGGCUAGACCUAAGCAGUUCAUCGAGUGUUUCAUUGCCGAACAAAACCUAGUGGGCGUCGGAAUCGGGUGUGCCGUGCGACAACGCACAAUUCCGUUUGUGAGCACAUUUGCAGCGUUUUUGACGCGUGCUUUUGACCAAAUUCGAAUGGGUGCUGUGUCGCAGACAAAUUGCAAUUUUGCCGGUUCACAUGCUGGUGUAAGCAUAGGUAAGCGGGUUGCUUUUUCAGUUUCCUGUAAAAUAGUACUGUGA